GGAGGAAACAUUGGCGGGGACUCCGUCGCUCAAAGGAAGAGGUGGAAGCACAUGGCCUUCGUCGCCAAAGUCCAUCAGGCGCCGGCGCCCAAGCACGGAAGACGUGAGCAAAUCCAAUUCACGGAGAAGGAUCUUCCGAACACGCCGAGCCCCCACCGGGAUGCCUUGGUCGUGAAGCUGGAGAUUAACAAUGCCAUAUUGCACCGCACCUUGGUGGACACGGGAAGCUCGGUCAACAUAAUGUAUGAGAAGACCUUCCAAGACCUCGGCUUGGACCGCAAGGACUUAAGGCCUGUGCGCACUCCACUCUCCGGGUUCACGGGGGACUCCAUCGAGGCCGAAGGAGUCAUCGCCGUGCCUGUGAUAGUAGGGGAUGGUGCGCACAAGGCCAAGCUGAAGAUGGAGUUCAUGGUUGUAAGCAUCAACUGCGCGCACAACAUGAUCCUAGGACGGCCCGACCUUGAGGACUUGGAAUGUGUGAUCUCCCCAUACUACUUGUGCAUGAAGUUUCCCACUCCUUCGGGAAUCGGGGUGGCGAGGGGAGACCAAAAAGCUCGAUCGUGCUACGUCCGUAUCACGAAGAAAUUGCCAAGGGAUGAGACGUUGGUCGUGCACGCACAAGAGGAAAUGCGGAAGCUGGGAGCACGACCGAAGGCCGAGCCCGCCGAGGAGGUCGAGGAAGUGUCGCUCGACCCUCAGACACCCGAGCGGAAGGUGAAGGUCGGGGCGAGCCUAAUUGGGAGCCAGCGGAAGCGCUUGGUGGGCGUGCUCUCUGCCUACCGCAUGAUCUUUGCGUGGGGCCCCGGGGAUAUGCCGGGGGUGGAUCCCAAGGUCAUAUGUCACCGCUUGGCAGUCAAUCCAGAGGCUAGGCCGGUGAAGCAGAAGAAGCGGUUCCUCUCGUCCGAGCGAAGGGAGUUUGUCUCCAAGGAAGUGGCCACCCUCCAGAGCAUUGGGCAUAUCAGAGAG